GACUUCCGGUCGCCGAUACAUUGCAGCGGGCUGCAGGCGGAACGAACUCUUUUCAAACUUUUUACUUCAUUUUUUUAAGCGACAUGUUUCUGCUUUACGUUUGUUUCCUGGUUCUGCUCUCACAUUCAUCCGCCGAGAGGAACGACAGACCCGUCAUAGGUCUCCUCUCUCAGGAGGUUUUUCCGUCCAGUCGCAGCAGAAGCGCCUACAUCGCCGCUUCCUACGUGAAGUUCCUGGAGGCGGCGGGAGCCCGAGUGGCUCCGGUCCGGAUCAACUUGUCACCAGAGGAGUAUAAGACACUGUUCAGCUCCAUCAAUGGGAUCCUCUUCCCGGGCGGCGCUGCCAGCAUUUACUCGUCCGGCUACCAAAGAGCGGCUCAGUUCUUCUUUGAGGCGGCCAUCGAGGCUAACAAAGGAGGCGACUACUUCCCGGUGUGGGGGACGUGUCUGGGCUUUGAACAGAUGAUGUAUCUGACCAGUGGACAGCGGAUUCUGUCUCGAACCAACACCACUGGAAUCGCUCUGCCUCUCAACUUCACUAACGAAGCCAACGUGAGCCGGAUGUUCAGACCUUUUCCUCUUGAACUCAUGGAGGCGCUGUCGUCUGAGCCGCUGACAGAAAACUCUCACAUGUGGAGCUUGGCCUUGUCGACUUAUAAUUCAAAUGAUGACCUGAGAAAGUUUUACAAAGUUCUCUCCACCAACACCGACGGACAAACGGAGUUCGUUUCGACUGUUGAAGCCUACGACUAUCCGAUAUACGGGACCCAGUGGCAUCCAGAGAAAAACCCCUUUGAAUGGAGGAAGGCGUAUUACCCACACUCCCCCUCAGCUGUCAGGAUGAGCUUCUACAUGGCGGAGUUCUUUGUGAGCGAAGCCAGGAAAAACUUCCACAGAUUUGAAUCGGUGGAGAAGGAAAGAGAAGCGCUGAUCUACAACUACAGUCCGGUUUACACGGAUGAGUCCAUCCCGUUUGAGCAAAUCUAUUAUUUUGAGUGAUUUUUAUGAAUCUUUUAAAGGUUGGCUGCUUGAAGACUUUUGAUUGUUUUCCUAUUUGCUGCUUUUUUUUUUUUUUUUUUAAUGUACUUAAUCUGAAAGUGAUGAAGGUCCACACUGGAUAAAGCACUGAUUUUAAUAUUUAAGAAGAUGAAAGCUACAAGGAGUUGUUGCCUUUUUUUGUUUAUCUGUAAAUAUGAGAUGAUUUUUAAUAAUUCCCAUUUAUUUCUUACAAUUCCCGAUCUUCAGGCGGGACCAUUAAAGCCUGUUUGAGUUACUGUGAAUCUACGUUGUGCUGCUAAGCUUCCUUUCUGUAAUGU